UUACCAGGAAUUCCCUUGAGAUUGCAAUCUCUUUUUCGAGGGAGACCUGGCCUGAUUGGUUGCCAGUUACAGAUUAAAAUGACAGUGACAAAACAUGGGAACAUAUCGUCAUCCUGUUAAAAUAAUUGCACAAAAAGCUUCACUAAAAAACUUCACCAAAAGUAUAACAUGGGCAGCACAUUACUGCUGAGAAAGCCAGUUAAAGUGCAAUCAGCAGCUUUCACAGUGUGCCAUUUAUGUUUCUAGACCAUUUUUAAAAUGUGAAUUUUCUUUCUACAAUGAAAACUAUUACUGUUUUUAAUUUACAUGCAAAUAGACUGUUUUGUAGUUUUAUUAUUUAUUAUUUUUUCUGCUGUUUUUAUGUGUAUAAAUGGUAAAGAGAGAAAAAAAAGGUACAUUUCCAUAGACACCUUUGUCUUUUAUUUGUAUUUUCAGUUCCUGGCAGCUUUAUACUUUGUUAAUUAAAAAUAAAUGAAAAAUGUGACUGAUAGCCAAGUUUGUGGAGAGAAAAAGGAGCCAUGCAUGUGAUGUAAGGACAGACUGAAAUAUGCUAAACAGAGACAGAAAUGAAUGCAUAGGAAGUUGACAAAUUUGAACCAAAAUCUCCUGGACUUCAGAGGUUUAAGUGGUGUAUACAGGCAGGAUGAAAAGGAUUAAAAAAUGGACAAAAUAGCCCCAAACUCCAUGGAGUUAAGUGCUCUGAGCAGCAUUGGCCUCUAUUAGUAUCCAGCAAUCUCCCUGCUUCGCUCUCUAUCUUUCCUGCCUGUUAAUCAAGAUGUUUGCUAUCACCAGUUCCACUAGUGACUGCAGCAGAAAAAUGAGUCUGUGUUUGCUUUGCUCCAUAUCCCUCCCUCCCCUUCAGCUGGUGCCAAGAAGGCAGUAGUAAUAAGUGCUAUAUUAAAGAGCCCUUGUGCCUGACGUGCUCACUUCAGUCUGUGUCAGAGCCAACAGUAUCUGAGCACUCUGCAGAGUGUCUGCCACAUCUUUGUGCUGCUUCUUUUCCUUCAAGGUGCUCCAACCUAACAUCUAAAACAGCACCAUGAACUGGGCCUUCCUUGAGGGCCUCCUCAGCGGGGUGAACAAAUACUCCACGGCGUUCGGUCGUAUCUGGCUUGCCAUCGUUUUCAUCUUCAGGCUCUUGGUCUUCCUGGUGGCCUGUGAGAAAGUCUGGGGUGACGAGCAAAAGGACUUUGACUGCAACACCCGGCAGCCCGGUUGUCACAACGUCUGCUAUGACCACUUCUACCCCAUCUCCUACACCCGGCUCUGGGCUCUCCAGCUGAUCUUUGUCACCUGCCCGUCUUUCCUGGUGACGCUCCACGUGUCCUACCGAGAAGAACGUGAGCGCAAACACCGUCUGAAGUACGGAGAAGACUGCACCCCUCUGUAUGAUCACACAGGGAAGAAGCGAGGGGGUCUAUGGUGGACCUAUUUCCUUAGCCUGCUGUUUAAGAUAACAGUGGACGCUGUGUUUGUAUUCCUGUUGUUUUACAUCUAUGAGGCAACUUUCUUCCCACCAUUGGUGAAAUGCAACGAAGACCCAUGUCCCAAUAUGGUAGACUGCUACAUCGCAAGGCCCACAGAGAAGAAAAUAUUCACCGUCUUCAUGGUCGUGACCAGCUUUGUGUGCAUCUUGCUCACUCUGUGUGAGGUCUUCUACCUCUGUGGGAAGCGCUUCUGGGAGUGCUGUGGAGGAGGAAGUCAGGCAGUGAGAGAAAACUCCUUCAUGAUGGUCAGAACUCCUCUGACCGGGAAGGAAAACUCGGCGUUCAAAGAGCCGGUUUCGGAAAAGGAAGCCAGCAAAGAGAGUUCAGCCCCGGCGUACAGCAUAGCAGUGGCCUGAGAGACAUGUAGCAUGUUGGACUGAGCACAGACGGUGACCCAACGGGCCUACCGGACACAGGCCUAGUGGUCCUAGUGGUCCUAGUGUCACGGCCCACCCUGGCCUUCGACUGCAAAAUGUCCCUCAAAGAAACACGCACACACCAGGAAAAGACUCACAAUGACUUUGAAAAGACACAGGAUGACAGCAAAAGGACAAAAAACAAGUGCAAAUAGAUUCAAUUUAACCCUUUGAUGCACAACAUGGGUCAAAAAUGACCCACAUUCAUUCCCCAUGUUAUUUAAUGCUGACUGUGUGUUUAUUUGCUCUGUCUUUUUAAAUCAAUUUAUUUUAUGAUUGAAUAAUCCAAGUAUUCUUUGAUUUUUUUUUUUAUUACAACUGAUCAUUAUAUCCAUUUUUCCUUUCAUAUUUUAUGAAGACAAAAUGUUUUUGUAUUAUUACAUCAAUUUUACACACAUGGGUCAAAAAUGACUCAUUCAUCCAAAUUUGAUUUC